AUGCCGUAUGAUUAUACUUGUACUGACAGUUACCUCAUCAUCAUAAGGCAUUGGGGGCCACUCACCGUGGAUCAACCCUUGUCGAAGCGACCCUGCGAAUCCCACGGCCCGUUCCAUAUCACUGCUCUCGUAUACGGAAGAGGAGAGAAUGGUCUCAUAUCCAACAAACUGGCAGAGAAACUAAGAAGUGCCGACCAUAAACAAGCCACCAAAGUCCCUCCUGUUGUCUGGAUUUCCUGGACAUUCGAUGGACUUGACCAGAACCUCGAGACUAGUCAAGUUCACAUCGCUCCUGGUCUCGAACAAGAUCUCAUUCUAGGAGAUAAUACCAACGAAAUCUACCGAAGUGUUCAUAUCAGUCCCCCAGAAGAGCAAUUGCCUCUUCAGCCUGACACUCGAGAAUAUUUCCAGAAACACGGUAUUUCGGCUGCAAACAAACGGUCUGAAAAUAUGUUGAAAGACCUGAUGAGCCUUUUUCGCCCCAAGGCUCAACCGGACAACGUCAAAACUGACGUUGCUGGUUCGGAACCAGAAGAAAUCGAAAGGCCAUCAGAAGUUAGCUCUGAGUCAUCGCCCAGCCCAACAUUUUAUAGCAUCAGCAACACUGGCUCAGACGCCGACAACUGGAUCACGGACUUUAGUAAUAGCAUCCACAAUGUUUCCUUCCCACAAGCCCCUUAUUUAGAUACUAAUGAUCAAACAUUCGGUGCUUACUGCAACGUUGCUGCUCACCUUGACCGGACUCACUUCAAGCCUGGACCCAAAAAUUGCGCCGAGGGUUGUGGUGGGAAAUCAUCCCUUGGUUCCGCGUCUUACAUUUCAGAGGCAUACUCUCCCAUCUCCAACUGGUCUUUUGUAUGCAAAGAGUCUGGAGAAAUGGAAGACCGAGAAGUAAUACAGCAGUGUCAGCAGAACGAAUUCGAGACGCACCCGGGCCAUCAUUUCUGGAUUUGGGACCGUCAAAGACAACUCUGGCGCCUACGAGGGCGUGAUGGGCUGGAUGAGGAAGACCGGUUCACUGAACUGUUUUUUCAAUAA